CUCCAUUUCAAAUCAAUUUCAUGAUGAUAACCAUCAUCUCCAUCCCCUACCAAAUCAUUGAAAGAAUUUUCAAUUCAAAAUCCGUAAGGUUUCCUCUCAAAAUCAUUUCACUUCAAAUAAUCUAAUCUAAUCAUCCUCACAUUUCUAGGGUUUCAAUCAGUCACAAUGCACAUCAAAGAAGUAUGCUUAGAAGGAUUCAAAUCAUACGCUACACGAACACUAGUUCCAGGUUUCGAUCCCUUUUUCAACGCCAUAACUGGAUUAAACGGAUCCGGUAAAUCGAAUAUUCUGGAUUCGAUUUGCUUCGUGUUAGGUAUCACCAAUUUGCAGCAGGUUCGGGCUUCAAAUCUGCAAGAGCUCGUGUACAAGCAGGGACAGGCUGGGAUCACCAAGGCUACCGUCUCGGUUGUCUUUGAUAACUCUGAUAGGAGUAGAAGCCCUAUCGGAUAUGAAGAAUGUUCCGAGAUUACCGUCACGCGUCAGAUUGUGGUUGGUGGGAGGAACAAGUAUCUGAUAAACGGACACCUUGCACAGCCAAGUAGAGUGCAAAAUCUAUUCCACUCGGUUCAGCUAAAUGUCAACAAUCCUCAUUUUUUAAUUAUGCAAGGGCGCAUUACCAAAGUAUUAAACAUGAAACCUCCUGAAAUAUUGUCCAUGCUCGAAGAAGCAGCUGGAACAAGAAUGUACGAAACUAAAAAAGACGCUGCUUUAAAAACCCUUGAGAAAAAGCAGAGUAAGGUUGACGAGAUCAAUAAGCUUCUUGAGCACGAAAUACUUCCCGCACUAGAAAAGUUGAGGAAAGAGCGAAUGCAAUACAUGCAAUGGUCUAAUGGGAAUGCAGAGUUAGAUAGAUUGAAACGGUUUUGUAUUGCUUAUGAGUAUGUACAAGCGGAGAAAGUUCGAGAUAGCGCAGUUCUUGGUGUCGACGAGAUAAAAACGAAGAUAUCUGAGAUUGAUAAAGAUGUUGAGACUAUGAGUACGGAAGUACAAGAGAUGGAUGCACAUGUGGCAAAGUUAACCGUUGAAAAAGAUGCUACCAUGGGUGGGGAGGUUAAAGGUCUGUCGGAUAAAGUCGAUGCUAUUUCACGUGAUCUUGUUAAGGAAACAUCUGUACUGAAAAACCGUCAGGACGAUCUUGCAACCGAGACAAAGAAUGCUGAAAAGGUUGGUAAAAAUAUCGAAGAACUGAAACAGUCUGAGAAAGACAGAAUAUCUGCUGUAAAGAGUGCAGAAGAUGGAGCUGCUGAUCUGAAGAAGAGAGUGGAGGAGCUAGCAAAGAGUUUAGAAGAGCUUGAGAAAGAACAACAGGGUGUAGUUGCGGGAAAGAGUAGUGGCAAUGAAGAAAAGUGCCUUGAAGAUCAACUAGGUGAUGCGAAAGUGGCAGUUGGAAAAGUAGAAACCGAGCUUGAGCAAUUGAAAAUGAAGAUAAAACAUGGUGAAAAGGAGUUGAACGAGAAUAAAACAAAGUUAUUGUCGAAACACAAUCAAGCGGUUGAAGCAGAGAAGCAGCUGAAAAUCAGACACAAAGACGUAGAAAACGUUGAAAACGCUUUGAAAGCUCUCUCAUAUGAGGAAGGACAGAUGGAACGUUUAGAAAAGGAUAGAAUGGUGGAGUCGGAAGCAGUAUAUAAAUUGAAAGAAGACAUUCGGAAUAUUUCUUCACGUCUGGGAAACAUUGAAUUUUCUUAUCGUGAUCCCGUGAAGAACUUUGACAGGUCAAAAGUCAAAGGUGUGGUUGCAAAGCUUAUUAAAGUGAAAGAUAGCUUAACAAUGACUGCCUUGGAGGUUUGUGCUGGUGGAAAGUUGUAUAAUGUUGUGCUCGACACCGAAAACACCGGAAAACUACUUCUCCAAAAUGGUGAUCUUAGAAGAAGAAUGACGUUUAUUCCUUUAAACAAAAUCCAAAGCCAUCCUGUACCACCUUAUGUUCAAAAAGAUGCUGCGAAUUUGGUAGGUAAAGGCAAUGCUGAAGUCGCAAUUUCAUUGGUUGAUUAUGAUCAUGAACUUCAGAGUGCAAUGGAAUACGUGUUUGGUUCAACUUUUGUCUGCAAGUCAACUGAAGCUGCACGAGAGGUUGCUUUUAAUCAGAAAGUUAAGACCACAAGUGUGACAUUAGGAGGUGACAUAUAUCAACCAAGCGGACUUCUGACAGGUGGUUCUCGCAAGGGUUGUGGAGAUCUAUUAAGGCAACUACAUGCUUUAGCCGAGGCUGAAUCAGAGUUAGCUUUACAUCAAAAGCGGCUAUCAGAAAUCGAAGCAAAGAUCAGCGAGCUCCUUCCACUUCAGAAAAAGUAUAACGACCUAAAGAAACAGUUGGCACUCAAAUCAAACGAGCUAUCACUCUUCCAGAGUAGGGUUGAGCAGAAUGAGCAUCACAAGCUUAGUGAAACGGUAAAAAGGAUCGAGCAGGAGCUUGCAGAAGCAAAAUCUGCUAUUAGUGAAAAAGAAGCACUUUAUAAAGAAUGUGUUAAUGAAGUUGCAACUUUAGAAAAAUCAAUUCAUGAUCAUGCCAAUAAUCGGGAACGUAUUCUUAAAGAUCUUGAGAAAAAGAUUAAAACAGUUAAGACUAAAAUGCAGUCAGCUUCAAAAGACCUUAAGGGGCAUGAAAACGAAAGGGAGAAACUUAUAAUGGAAGUGGAAGCUGUCAAACAAGAACAUGCAUCUUUGGAGAAUCAGUUAGUAUCUUUUCAGAAACAGAUUAGUGUGUUGACUUCUGAAGUGGAUGCACUCAAGACCAAGGUUACUUCAUUGAAAGAUGAACAUAGUCAAGCACAAUCUGAGCUAAAUGCUGCGCGUACAAAGGUCAACGAGUGUGAUUCACAAAUUAGUUGCAUUCUCAAAGAUCAACAAAAACUUAAAAACAAGAUUGGUGAUGAAACUCUUGAAAGAAAGAAGUUGGAAAAUGAGGUGAGACGGAUGGAAACCGAACGAAAAGAAUGUUCAAUAAAAGUGGAUAAACUGAUUGAAAAGAACUAUUGGAUAACUUCUGAAAAACAUCUUUUUGGAAGAAGUGGAAGUGACUAUGAUUUCACAUCCCGUGAUCCACACAAAGCAAGAGAUGAAUUCGAAAAACUCCAGGCUGAACAAGCAGGGCUUGAGAAGAGGGUGAACAAGAAAGUUAUGGCUAUGUUUGAGAAAGCAGAAGACGAGUACAAUGACUUGAUAGCCAAGAAGAAAAUUAUUGAGAAUGACAAAUCAAAGAUUAUGCUGGUGAUUGACGAGCUUGAUGAAAAGAAAAAAGAGACACUGAAAGUCACAUGGGUGAAAGUGAAUAGUGAUUUUGGAUCAAUAUUUUCUACUUUGUUACCUGGUACAAUGGCAAAGCUAGAACCCCCAGAGGGAGGUACGUUUUUGGACGGGUUAGAGGUCCGCGUGGCAUUUGGGGGUGUUUGGAAACAAUCGUUGUCGGAACUUAGUGGUGGACAAAGAUCUCUGCUUGCACUUUCACUUAUUUUGGCAUUACUUCUCUUCAAACCAGCCCCACUUUAUAUUCUGGAUGAGGUUGAUGCAGCUCUUGAUCUAAGUCACACACAGAACAUUGGGAGAAUGAUCAAAGCGCAUUUUCCACAUUCGCAGUUUAUUGUGGUGUCCUUGAAAGAAGGCAUGUUCAACAAUGCCAAUGUUCUUUUCCGUACAAAAUUCGUAGAUGGUGUCUCCACUGUUCAGAGAACAGUUGCUUCAAGGCAGAGUAAAUGAUCAUGCCUUUCAACCACUAACCCUAUGUGUAAAACCAUCUUCUAACUAUCUUGUAUUUAAUUGAGUCUAGGGGGUAGUAAGUUAAGUUAUCUAGGAAUGGUUAUGGGUGGUGUUUUGUAAUUUUAUGGUUUAUUAUUGGAAUGAUGUAACACUCUGGAGGAUAUCCAGAAUUUGAGUCAAAAUUUUCUUCUAUCUCCUA